GCCAGUCUCACUCACUUUCCAUUCUUCUGCUCAGCACCCAAGCAGCUCAGCAGCACUCGACAUGGAACUCUCGACACAGCCGUCGCCGACCACGGCCAAGAAGCUCGGCCUUGAGUCCGGCCAGGCCCUCAUGGCCGAGGGUCCGCAGGUCCUGCACGAGUAUGUGGCCUCCAAGAUUGGCGCCGCUAUGGGCCGCGCCAUGCCACAGAUGGACGUUCGCUUCAGCAACCUGUCAGUCAGCGCCGACAUCGUGGUGGUGGACGACCCGGGUGUCAAGCACGAGCUGCCGACCAUCCCGAACACCAUGA